AGAGAAGAGAGAAAGGGAGGAAAGAGAGGCGAGAGAAGAAGGAGACAGACGAAGGAUGGAGAUGUUACUGAAUUCGUCAUCUUCAAAAUAAUGAAUCAACAGUUAUGAAUUAUUAACAAAUGGUUUUGUGGAUCUUUACAUCAACGGUCAUACGAUACUGAAGUGAUUGGCGUCAUCCAUGUUGAUAAACAUGAAAGUCUGCGUAACAGCGAUAUCAUUUAUCACCAUCUCUAUCUGUUUUACCGAGACGUUCGAUAUUUAUGAGGAAGUUUGCGAAAGGUUGUGUGUUUGCGAAGAAAAAGAUGGAGUUUCGACAACCAGCUGUGAAAGACGAGGAAUUGUAAGUCUCUCUGAAGUCGGAUUUCUGCGUUUCAACACACACCAUCUGUUUCUCUCAGGAAAUCUGCUGAAAAAACUUUCCUUUGAUGAUUUUUCACGUUAUGAGGGACUCCGAAUUUUGCACCUGGGUAGUAAUGACAUAGCCGAAAUUGAGGCCGGGGCUUUUAACGGACUUAAUGGACUAAAGCGCUUGCACUUAAACAACAACAAAAUUGAGGUACUCAGGGACGAUACUUUUAUUGGCCUGGAACGACUGGAGUACCUCCAAGUCGACUAUAAUUACAUCAGCCGCAUUGAGCCGAACACACUCGGUGGGUUACAUUGUUUAGAUGUGCUGAUUUUGAAUGACAACUUGCUGUAUUCCUUGCCCAAAAAUGUUUUUCAGUCUGUUUCUUUGACCCACCUUGAUCUUAGAGGGAACCAGCUUAAGGUUCUCCCUUAUAAUGGACUUCUUGAACAUUUAUCCAAAAUUGUAGAAAUACAACUUGAAGAGAAUCCUUGGAACUGUACUUGUGAGCUUAUUGGCCUCAAAGACUGGCUAGAAAGCAUAUCGUACAAGGCGUUAGCAGGAGACAUAGUGUGUGAAACGCCAUUCCGGCUUCAUGGAAGGGACCUUGACGUGAUCUCCAAGCAGGAACUCUGCCCAAGAAGAGCCGUAGCUGAAUACGAAAUGGGUGCUGAAGCAUUUCACAAACCUGAGGCAAUCGCAUCCUCAAAUAUAGUACGCUCUACACAACCCACAAAGAGCAGCCGUCAAUCAGGGAAGCUACGUACCAAACCAACAGCGAGGGCUUCGUCCAGCAAACCGCAAAAUUAUGGCCCAGUGGUGGCAUACCAAACCAAAUCCCCAGUCUCUCUUGAGUGUCCGACCGCAUGCACCUGCAACCUCCAGAUUUCAGAUCUCGGCUUGAACGUGAACUGCCAAGAGAGGAAAAUUGAGCGCAUCUCGGAUCUGAAUCCCAAACCAUAUAAUCCCAAAAAGAUGUACCUCACAGGAAACUAUAUCACCUCGUUGCAAAGUUCAGACUUUCUGGACACUACCGGAUUGGAUCUGAUCCACUUGGGCAAUAAUCGGAUAUCCAUCAUUCAUAGCAAAGCAUUUGUGGAGUUACAAAAUUUACGAAGACUGUAUUUGAAUGGAAACUUAAUUGAGCGUCUCACUAAUUAUAUGUUCUCAGGCUUAGAAAACCUCCAGUUUCUCUACUUAGAAUACAACGUGAUCAGAGAAAUAGAAACUGGUACCUUUGAGAACGUACCCAAUCUUCAACUGCUAUUCCUCAACAAUAACCUUCUCAAAACAUUGCCAACGGGAGUUUUCAGAGGUUCAAACCUGGCACGGUUGAAUUUACGCAACAAUCACCUACGAAACAUGCCGGUCGAUGGUGUUUUGGAAGAUUUGACAUCAUUGGUGCAGAUUGAUCUGUUUGAGAACCCCUGGGACUGCUCUUGCUCAAUUGUGGAAAUGAAAAAAUGGCUGGAAGAGCUCAGUUCUGGAACCGUGGUGAACGAUGUGAUUUGUGAAUCUCCACCAAAAUUCUCUGGAGAGGAUUUACACCGUGUUCAUUCAUCUGAUCUUUGUCCAGUUGAUUUAAAUGUUCAAACUUCCCUGCUUCCGCCAUCAGAAGAAUCCUUCCCAGGCAGUACUGUCACUUUAGAGACAACACUGGAUUAUAAUUCGCUAGAUCCCAUGAUGCCUCUCUCCGUGCUCAUUCUCACGGUGCUCCUUAUUUUCAUUGUGACUGUAUUCAUUACCGCUGGCCUGUGCACGAUGUUCAAGAUAAAACGGCAGAAAAAGCACAAGAGCAGAAAUACAGACACCCGUUCCUUUGAUAUUAUUUACGUUGACAGACCAGGAGCGAAGGUCAGGACUUCAGCAGGUCACGUUUAUGAAUACGUCCCUCCUCUUCCAGCAUCUAAGUGCACCAUGGAUGGUGUUCUGGAAGAAAGGUACACUGAUUUUGAUGAACAAAAUGCUUUGUCAUAUACCUCGGAUGAGGAAUUGAGAAGCAUCGUAAAUGGUUCGGAGUUUAGUGCAAGCAACAGACCUUCUCCUUUACAAGAAGAUAACCUUUUUUAUCGAGAAAUCCUGGCAAGAAGCCACCAAGGCUCCUGUAGAUCCAGUUUACUGUGCAAACACAGUACGGCACAGUUUUCACCUGAUUACAACGUCCCACAGCAGUAUUUGCAUCCAGAUAGAAUACAGCAGACGAUGAUGUACGUAAAGCCCAACAGGGGUGAAUAUUGGGAGUUAAAUGCACAGCUUAAUUUUGAGCCGGACUAUCUGGAAGUUCACGAGAAAAGGACAACAUUCACUCAGUUUUGAGUUCAUACAGCUGUUCUUUGUCUUGGAUUUUGGAAAUGUCUAAUUAAUAGCA